AUGAAUCCCUCCACAGCAAAGUCACGGAAAUCAAACCGCAAUCUAAUAUUCCUUCCUGAAGAACUCAUCGUUCAAGUCCUAUCAUACCUUCCGGUUAAAUCUUUGACACAACUUAGAUGCGUUACCAAAGCAUGGAACACCAUCAUCUCCGAUCCCAAAUUCAUCAAACUGCACCUUCAACGUUCCACGAAAGACACCAAUCUUACACAAAUCCUGUGCGUUUCUGCUGAUUCUUUUAUUCAACCAUAUCCCCUCAAUACUUUACUAAACACUCCUUUCAUAAAUGAUUCCACCGAACUAAAUGAUUCGUGCAGUGAAUUGUCACCCGAUUCCGACAACAGCUACCAAUUCAUUGGUUCCUGCAAUGGAUUGCUAUGUUACAGAGUUUUUUCAUUUACGGAUUUUCAAAACACCUUGUUUCAAUUAUGGAACCCAGCCACCAAAGCAUUCUCUAUCUACUUUGGGCGACAUUCGAAUUCUCACACAAAUAUAUAUGACUAUCUCAGGUUUUCUAUGUUUUCAUUUGGUUAUGAUAAUUCAACUGAUACUUAUAAGAUUUUGUAUAUGGGUCCGAACAAAGUCGAAAUAUUUAGUUAUGGAGGUAAUGUUUGGAAACUUAUUCAACUUUUUCAUGUGGUUCCUUUAGACCAUUGGAAUAUUGCUCCCAGAAAAAGACGGACUUUCAAUCAAGAUAUGUAUUUGAAUGACACUAUUAACUUCUUGGCCCGAGAUAUUGCUGAAGAUAUUGUGAUUAUCUCGGUGAAUCUAGGUACAGAGACAUAUCGCGAGAUGCUUCCUCCUCAAGAUUUUGUUGAAGUUCCACUUCAUUUGCCAACUAUUUCUGUGUUGGAGGACUCACUUUGUUUUUGUCACCAUACUCAGAAAACCGGUUUUAUUAUAUGGAAGAUGAAGGAAUUAGGAAUUGAAAAGUCUUGGACUCAAUUUCUAAAAAUAAGUUACCAGGAUUUGGAUAUUCGUAUUAAAUAUAGAUUUUUUAUGACUCCAUUGUGCAUUUAUGAGAGUGGCAUCGCACUAAUAUUAGCAAAUCGUCGUCAUGGAUUGGAAGUGAUUAUAUAUAACUCGAGUGAUAAUAGAAUAGAAAAAACUAGAUUGAGCAAUUUAAGAUGGAUUUUUCCCUAUAAUUAUGUUGAAAGCUUGGUUUCUCCCGAUUGA